GGCGGCCGCGGCGCGUCACGGUCGCGCGGUGAUGACUCAGCGCGAGGGGCGCGGCGCGGCGCGCGGCUCGGGGGCGGCGGGCGCGGAGCGGGCCGCGCGGCUGGCGGCGAACAUGGCCGGCGUUGCCGACGCCGCUGCCGCCGCCGCGCCGGGCAGCGGCGGGGACGGGCGGCGCGGCGGCGCCCCGGAGCAGCAGCAGCAGGAGGGCGGCGGCGGCGGCAGGGGCGAGCCGAAGACUCUCUGGGCGAGCAGCGAGUCCCGGCCGCCUCCGGCCGGCGCGGGGCAGCCGUCGCCGCAGCAGCGAACCGAGACAUUGGGCUUCUACGAGAGCGACCGGGGCAGGAAGAAGAAGCGGAGCCUCUCGGAUCUUUCAUUGCUGAGGUUCAUCAGUGCUGAGCUAACGAGAGGCUACUUCCUUGAGCACAAUGAAGCAAAAUACACAGAGCGGAGGGAGAGAGUAUACACGUGCAUGAGAAUACCAAGAGAACUGGAAAAGUUGAUGUUUUUUGGAAUCUUUUUGUGCCUGGAUGCUUUUCUGUAUGUGUUCACCCUGCUUCCUUUGAGAGUUUUUCUGGCCAUGUUCCGGUUCAUUACUCUACCUUGCUAUGGCUUACGCUCUCAUGGGGGCCUAACAGCAAGUGAUAGACGUUUGCUGCAACCUGCUCAGGUAUGUGACAUUCUCAAAGGAGUUAUACUGGUCAUCUGCUACUUCAUGAUGCACUAUGUUGACUACUCUAUGAUGUAUCAUCUGAUAAGGGGACAGUCUGUCAUAAAGCUCUACAUCAUCUAUAACAUGCUUGAGGUGGCAGAUCGUCUGUUUUCUUCAUUUGGACAAGAUAUUUUGGAUGCUCUGUAUUGGACAGCUACAGAACCUAAGGAGAGAAAAAGAGCUCAUAUAGGUGUGAUUCCUCACUUCUUCAUGGCAGUGCUUUAUGUCUUCCUGCAUGCUAUUCUUAUAAUGGUUCAAGCAACAACCCUUAAUGUGGCCUUCAACUCCCACAAUAAAUCAUUGCUUACCAUCAUGAUGUCCAAUAAUUUUGUUGAAAUAAAAGGAAGUGUUUUCAAGAAGUUUGAGAAGAACAAUCUUUUUCAAAUGUCAAAUAGCGAUAUAAAAGAGAGGUUCACCAAUUAUGUGCUGCUACUAAUUGUAUGUCUAAGAAAUAUGGAACAGUUCUCAUGGAAUCCAGAUCAUCUUUGGGUGUUAUUUCCAGAUGUUUGCAUGGUGAUUGCUUCAGAAAUUGCAGUGGAUAUUGUGAAACAUGCCUUUAUAACAAAAUUCAAUGACAUCACAGCAGAUGUCUACAGUGAGUACAGAGCCAGUCUUGCAUUUGACCUUGUUAGCAGUCGACAGAAAAAUGCAUAUACAGAUUAUAGUGAUUCAGUUUCCAGAAGAAUGGGUUUUAUUCCUCUUCCACUGGCUGUUUUACUCAUCCGAGUUGUAACAAGCUCAAUAAAAGUACAAGGAGUCUUAGCUUAUGCUUGUGUUGUGCUGUUCUAUUGUGGGUUAAUAUCUUUAAAAGUCCUUAAUAGUAUUGUUUUGCUGGGGAAAUCAUGUCAGUAUGUAAAAGAGGCAAAAAUGGAGGAGAAGUUGUUCAAUCCUGUCCUGACUGCCACCCCAGGGAAGCCAGUCAGUAAACCGCAAAGCAAAUUUAAAUCUACCCAAGGAAUUUCCACAGAUGAAAAUGGAUCUACAUCAGUUACCAGUCAACCUGUGCAUCAGAAAGAGAAUAUGCCGUCUUUACUUGUAACAAGCAAUUCUGAUCAAUUUCUGACAACUCCUGAUGGAGAAGAAAAAGAUAUAAACCAAGACAGUUCAGAAUUAAAACACAGGUCUUCAAAGAAAGAUUUGUUGGAGAUAGACAGGUUUACUAUCUGUGGAAACAGAAUUGACUAAUUUUUUGGUUGUUUUUUUUUUUUUUUUUUUAAUCAAUGUGCUAAGGAUACUGAGCUGUUGGGACAGCAGAUGCUACCAGAAUGGACAGUUGCCAAAAAAGGCACAUAAAUAUUUAUUUAAAAACUUAAAUUAUUAAUGGCAAACAAAUAUUAAUUUCUUUCUACAAGUAACUUGGCUUGGUGUCAGGUCAAGUAAGCAGUCUCUAACUUGCCUCUCGGAAAAUGUGGUGGAUCGUGAGUCUCUAGCCUGGUGGCAGAGCUGCAGUAUCGCUUUUCUGGAAAAUAGACUGGGAAAAAAAUAGUCCUGUUUUGCGUUACGAAACCAUGCUUCCAGAACGUACUACUUUUCAUGAAGGUUCCUCCAAUGUAAGGAUAUUCCUGGAAAUGUAUGACAACUUUACAGGAAGCUUGCCUUCCCAGUUAUGUUGUUUUAUUAAACAUCUGCAAACAGAAUUCAAAACUUGUAGUUAUCAAUGAAUACAUAAAAAAGCACUCGUACAUUAAACAGUAAGUCAAGACAGUUAUUCUUGUCAUCAGAAAAAUCUUUUCAAGAUGUAUCUGAACUAUUCAGAAUAAAAUUGUCUUUAAAUGAAAGAUAUACUGCAUAGUAUUUUAUCUAAAUACUAAACACCAAGGAAAAAAUCAUAAAUACAAAAUAUAGUGAAGGUUCUGCUUAACUGUGCAAAUAUGAAGCAUAAUCAUUUCUUGUGUUCAGUUAUGUCCUGCCAAGCAAACUAUUUAUACAGUUAUUUUCUAAAGCUGAGGACUUCUGGUUGCUGUGGAAAAAAUAAUAAAAGGGCACUUCUAUAUACUAAGGGAAGGCAAUGUUAAUUGCAGCAAGCAAAAGUAGCGUUGCAUUGGAACUGUAUGGCAUCAGUGCAACAGAAACAAAUCAUUACACUGCAUUUCGGGUUUAACUCUUUAAGAAUGACAUCUCUGUAUUAACUUGCCUGAGAAUGUCUAUGAUAGCUUGAACAGACAAUCAAAUCUGAAUUAUCCAUUUUAAUAGAUGAGUUUUAGUCAAACUUAAGUAGACCGACUAGACUUAUAAAGUGCAUUUAAGCAUUACAAUGCGUCUUAAGCUCUCCUCACACCAGAAAUAAUGGGAGAAUGGUUUGGAAAAAAAAAAAGAGAAAAGAAAGAUGGUUUGGAAUCGUUAAACCAAGAAUGAAAUAAAUUUCAGCUCAAAACUUUAGGCUGGAGAUUGGCAUCAGAAGACACCCUUUAGGUAAUGAUAAAUUCUGCAUAUGCUGUUAGAAAGAAAACACAGCACUAAUGUCUUCAGAUGCCAGGUAUCUAAGUAUGCAUCAGUUUCACUUUCCAAGGAAAACUUAUUAUACAGGUGCUUCAGUGCUGAAUGAAUGAUGACAAAAGUUACUUUUCACUAAUUUCAUAAUUCAUCAGAGUGGGAAGGCAGAGAUUAUUUAGUUUAUGAAUAUAAAAUGUGAAAGUUCAGUGUAAUCCCUGAAAUUUGCAGGACUACAUUAAUAUAGCAAAUGGGAUAAAUGCACAGAAUUAUAUGCAUCUGAGCAUAUUUAGUAAUGAGAUGGCUUUGCCAUACAGGCUAACAUGGUCUGCUUUGGUGGGACCUUCUUGCUGCAAUCUUUCAGCCGUUCGUCUCUCAUAAAGAGACGUUGGAGUAAUGGCCAAAAUCCAUGGAUACUGGUCAGGGGUGAAAGUAGAAGGAAGAGGACUUGCACUGGGGAAAAAUCUGAAAUUCUUUAAUUUUUGAUGUAUUUUAUACUAAUUGGAGAGGUUCACACAUUGAAAUUCAAAUGAUCUGUCGAUUUGGUGUGUCUUAUUUUUGAAUUAUUUAGCAGUUGCUAAAGGAAGCUUGGAAUUGCUUUCAUUUUUUUCUGUUGAAUGACAUUCUGUAUCAAUUUUAUAAGUGCAUCUGUGUGAAACUUAAUAAAUCAAUUUUGUAAUAUUUGUUUAAAAAAGUAAAAA